CUUUUUUUACAUGGGGCACUCUCAUCAUCAUCAUCGAAUGCUCCCACAUUCUGAAUCAUUGACUUCCAUGCAACAUCACUGAUAAAUUAUGAAAUAUAUCUAAUAUAUUAAUGAUUAUAUGUAAAAAUACCUACCAGAGUAACUUUUUGCUGGUGUCUAUAGUAGUUCCCUAGGUUUUUUUCUACUUCGGAAGAGACAAAGACUGUGUCAAGGGCAGAAAGGCUUUUGGCUUCACAGCACUGAAAAAAGAUCAUCCUUAGAAAGCUACACCAUUCGAGCCAAAAGAUGAUAAAUGAUACUACAAAUUUCUUGUCUUAAUUUACAGUAAACAUGGCUCAUCACUCAUAGUCCCUCUUAGUUCUUUUUGAGCCAUGCAGAGCAAUUCGAUACACAACACUUAUUAACAAAUUGGUCACGAAAUAAAGGUAGAAAGUUGAAAUAUAACGGAAUAAUCAUUCUUUUUGUUACUAAUUUUAUGCAAAUGCAAUGUUAGUAUAUAUUUGCUUGAGAUUGAAAUUUUGAACAAUAUUUUUAUGAUCACUUCCCUUAUAAUUCAGUCCUUGAUGUAUUUUUUAACUAUGAAUUAUGGUGGGGGCUGCUUAUCCACCCACUCCGCACUAAAAUAAGCCGUCUGCAUUCGACUAGUCAAUUAAAUGCCUAGACUCUCCAACUUACUGUUUCACACGAAGGGGAAAAGGUGCUAAAUACGCGAACCCGAAUUUAAUGUAGAGAAAUGGAAGAUCCACAAAUUCAUGGGGAAAUUGAAAGGCAACUUCUUGUUUUUUCUAUCUCUAGUAUUUUUGUUCUUAGAAAGUUCGAUUGCCGUUGAUACCAUAACUCCAGCACACUCCAUCAACGACAGCCAGACAAUAGUGUCCGCGGGUCAUAAAUUUGAACUAGGUUUCUUCAAUACUGGGGAUUCCAAUUAUCGAUAUCUAGGAAUAUGGUACAAGAACAUUCCGGUUCGGACUGUUGUUUGGGUCGCAAACAGAGAGUUCCCGCUUGUAAAUAAUUCUGGUUUAUUAAAACUUGGCGAUGAUGGAACUCUGUCCAUUGUCAAUGAAUCAAGGAGCAUUAUCUGGUCUUCUAAUUCAUCACUGACGGCUAAAAAUCCAGUUGCGGAGUUGUUAGAUACUGGGAAUCUCGUUGUGAAGGAUGCAGGGGAUGACAAUGAUGAGAGGUACAUAUGGCAAAGCUUUGACUAUCCAUCAGACACAUUGUUACCGGGAAUGAAACUUGGUUGGAACAAGAAAACCGGUCUCAAUAGACAUCUUACUUCAUGGAAAAGUUCGGACGAUCCUUCUCCUGGAGAAUAUACUUAUAGCGUGGAUCCUCGUGGACUUCCUCAACUCGUCCUUCGCAAGGGUUCCGACGAGCAGUUCCGGAGUGGACCGUGGUAUGGAACACAGUUUAGUGGUGUGCCAGUUUUGAAGGUAAACCCAGUUUUUACUCCAAUAUUUGUCUCCAACGCCGAUGAAGUCUAUUAUUCAUAUAACAUAACAGCCAACAUCCCAUCGAGGUUCGUGUUGAGUCAAUCUGGAUCGGUUCAACACCUUUCCUGGAAUGAUCGCCACUCUAACUGGUACCUCAUAUUCACUGUCCAAGAAGAUAGAUGUGAUAACUACGACUUGUGUGGUAGUUACGGUAUUUGCAACAUUAACAGGACUCCUAACUGUGACUGCUUGAAGGGCUUUGAGCCCAAAUCGUCCAACGACUGGGAUGUCCUUGACUGGUCUGGCGGAUGUGUACGAAAAGAUCCACAUAUAUGCCAUGAAGGAGAAGGGUUUGUGAAAUUCACAGGGCUGAAACUACCGGAUGCUUCGCAGUUUAGGGUGAAUGUAAGUAUGACAAUCGGAGAUUGCGAGGCGGAGUGCCUGAAGAAUUGUUCUUGCGUUGCUUAUGCUAAAUUAGACAUUAGAGGCACAGGGAAUGGUUGUGUAACCUGGUAUGAAGACCUAAUUGAUAUUAGACAAGUUCCUCAAUAUGGACAAGAUCUUUACAUAAGAAUGGCAGCUUCCGCACUUGAAAAAAAGGCUGAUACAAGCAACAAUAGGAAGAAUGUGACUAUUGCAACAACUAUAUCAGUGGCUUCAGCAAUGAUAAUCUUGGUUUUGAUUGGUUGGUUUGUGAGUUGGAAGCAAAAGAUGAUUAGAACUCAACAGCCAGAAAAUCAACUGACCAUUAGCAAGGUUGAAACUGAGGAGGAUCUUGAGCUCCCCUUAUUUGAAUUUGCCACCAUUCAAGCUGCUACUAAUAACUUUUCGCCAGCAAACAAGAUUGGAGAAGGUGGAUAUGGACCAGUAUUCAAGGGUGAGAUACCGACCGGACAAGAAGUGGCAGUGAAAAGACUUGCCGAGAAUUCUGGACAAGGCCUUCAAGAGUUCAAAAAUGAGGUCCUUUUGAUCUCCAAUCUUCAACAUAGAAAUCUGGUGAAGCUACUAGGCUGUUGCAUUGAAAGGGAAGAGAGAAUGUUAGUCUAUGAGUACAUGCCAAAUAGAAGCUUGGAUUCCUUAAUCUUUGAUGAAUCAAGGCGGUCUUCACUUGACUGGAGAAGGAGAUAUGACAUCAUUGUUGGGAUAGCUCGUGGGCUUCUUUAUCUUCAUAGAGACUCAAGACUGAGGAUCAUUCAUAGGGACCUAAAGGCCAGCAAUGUCCUGUUGGACAAUGAGAUGAAUCCCAAAAUUUCAGACUUUGGAAUGGCGAGAACGUUCUGCGGGGAUCAAACCGAAGCAAAUACAAAGAGGAUAGUUGGAACCUAUGGUUAUAUGCCUCCAGAGUAUGCAAUAGAUGGACACUUUUCUUUGAAAUCUGACGUCUUCAGCUUUGGAGUCAUAUUGUUGGAGAUGGUGAGUGGAAAGAAGAACCGGGGGUUUUUUCAUUCCACCCACAAACUCAACCUUCUGGGGCAUGCCUGGAAGUUGUGGAAUGAAGGGAAGGCCCUGGAAUUAAUGGAUGAAUUGAUGGAACAAGAUUUUGUAGAAGAGGAAGCACUAAGAUGCAUACAGGUGGGACUCCUUUGUGUCCAGCAGAGGCCAGAAGACAGGCCAGUGAUGCAAACGGUAGUGUUGAUGUUGGAUAGUGAGAGUAUGUCAUUGUCUCAACCUGGAAGACCUGGGUUUUAUGCAGAAAGGUGUCUUUCGGAGACGGAUUCAUCGUCUCUUGGGAAUCUAAUUUCCAAUGAGAUGACUGUUACCUUAUUAGAGGGUCGUUAGCAAUAGACCCACUCACAUUUUAACUUUGUACCAUCAAAUCAAUGACAAAACCUUAUCAAUAUAUUAAAUUCUCAUGUAACAAGUGAAUGAAUCGGAUACAAUUAGAAGAAA